AUGCCCAAAUCCAAGAACAAGAAAGAAAUUAAGGAUUUUACUGCAGGUAGACCUCCGUCCACGGAUCGAUUGCGUCUUCUACCUCUUGAGAUACGAUUACGCAUCUACGACUUUGCUUCGGAACCCUUGACGGUACAUGUCAGAAGGAAAUGGAAAGGGCGUGAAACAGCAUAUUCGCGGCUUCUGUCAUUGCCUCGGGACAAAAGAUACAUCGCUUUCCGCCAGCGACACCCUGGUAAGGCGCAUGAAGCUUGGCCACCUUCCAUUGAAGAGGCAUUAUUCAUAGCUCUGGAAUGGACUCAGGAAAUCCUUGGCGGAAUUCCAGGCCUCGGACCCAUGAGUGAAAUCAUCUACGAACAUACUGGGGAGCACCGAAGCAGGAAGCAGGUUUCUACCUACCUCCGACGAUUAGAAAUAGGCAACAGCUACACCUACGACCCAAGAAGUCUCAAGCUGAUACCCGGAACGUGCUCGACAAUAGUUUACGUGAGACCAAGCGAACGGUUGAAAAGAUUCAGAAGGAGUCCAAUGCACUUCUCCGUCUCUCAAUAUGCCACGUCCGCAAGCGUUGGAUCAAUGCUCCAAAGUCUCCAGGAUAUCGCCUCCCAAUUACCCGCAGCGGUUCAGGCCGACCAGAAAUUCCUCUCGCUUAUGGACCAGCCAAACCCUACAUUAAAUGGCGAUGUCAACAUCUUCCGCGAGUUUACACGGAUAGUUGCCGACUACGUCAAUGACUUUGACAUCUAUCUCGCGGCCCCUCUACCUGAGUGCUACUUCUCUCUGCUUUCCAUCUCUCGCUUCUACCGUAUCGAUGCCCUUGCCAACAUGGCAUCCAGCAUCGUUUACGACUUUGGGAACGAAUUGACGAUGCUGCGUGAUUUCAGCAAGCUCCUCAGUCCAGGAUCCCACCGCUAUAUCAGGCAUGUCAAGAUCAACAUGGUCGAAGCUUUCAUGCUCCACAACGAGACUCUGCCCUUUAUCUCGGAACCAGCCCUCAGCAAGAACUUGGAAGCCACAUUGCCCAGCCUGCGCACCUUAACCAUCGACCUUUGGCCACGUGACCCAGCGCGCACGGACAAAGAGAGCAGAGCAUGGGGUGAGCAGAGCGAAGUCCUUAUCCAAUCUCUGCACAAUGUUAAGGCGAAGGUGAGACUGCAGUUGAGAUGGGCAGCGGAUUGUGAGAGGUUUGAGAGAGAGUAUGUGAGGAAUGGGGAAUGGAAACGUGUUUGGAGGGACAUGCCCGGAGACCAGUCAAACAGCAACGACGGGAUCUGUCACAGCUGCUAUGAGCUCCAUGGCAGUAGUUACAAGGAAGUGGAACGUUGUGGCAGCGAGCAAUAG